GAAACAGGUGAAAGUAUUUCCUUUAUGGUCACUAUUGCCAUACCUGCAGUCUGCUUCCAAAAAUACCAUUGCUGGCAUUUUCUUGUUUGCUUUUGCUUCUUCAAACGGAUCGAAUGAGUCGAGUCUGUAUUGUUGUUUUGGAGGAGGAGGAAGAUGAUUCUCCCACAUUUAUUUCCAAUUUACCUCAGGAAAAUGUAUCUGUACAUCCAUCACCCUCUGGAAAUGUGCUGGUAAGGCAUCCACCAUUGGUUCAAGCUAUAUUUAAUGGAGAUCCUGAUGAAGUUCGAGCACUAAUAUUUAAGAAAGAAGAUGUUAAUUUUCAGGAUAAUGAAAAAAGGACCCCUUUACAUGCUGCUGCCUAUCUGGGAGAUGCAGAAAUUAUUGAACUACUUAUUUUAUCUGGAGCUAGAGUUAAUGCCAAAGACAGCAAGUGGUUGACUCCUUUACACAGAGCUGUAGCAUCUUGUAGUGAGGAUGCUGUUCAGGUGUUGUUAAAGCAUUCAGCAGAUGUCAAUGCUCGUGAUAAAAACUGGCAGACACCCCUACACAUAGCAGCUGCAAACAAAGCUGUGAAGUGUGCUGAAGCUUUGGUGCCUCUUCUAAGCAAUGUAAAUGUGUCUGAUCGAGCAGGCAGAACUGCAUUGCAUCAUGCAGCCUUCAGUGGACACGUUGAGAUGGUCAGCUUACUGUUGUCUAGAGGGGCCAAUAUUAAUGCAUUUGACAAGAAAGACAGACGAGCUAUACAUUGGGCAGCAUAUAUGGGUCAUAUUGAAGUUGUGAAAUUACUCGUGACCCAUACAGCUGAAGUGACAUGCAAAGACAAGAAAUCAUAUACACCCUUACAUGCUGCAGCGUCUAGUGGGAUGAUUAGUGUAGUCAAAUAUCUUCUGGAUCUUGGAGUUGAUAUGAAUGAGCCAAAUGCCUAUGGAAAUACUCCUCUCCAUGUAGCUUGUUACAAUGGGCAGGAUGUUGUAGUGAAUGAACUCAUAGACUGUGGUGCUAAUGUCAAUCAAGUGAAUGAGAAGGGGUUUACACCUUUGCACUUUGCUGCUGCAUCAACACAUGGAGCCUUGUGUUUAGAGCUCUUGGUCUGCAAUGGUGCAGAUGUAAAUAUAAAGAGUAAAGAUGGGAAAACACCUUUGCACAUGACAGCGAUCCAUGGUAGAUUUUCAAGAUCCCAAACCAUCAUUCAAAAUGGAGCUGAAAUAGACUGUGAAGAUAAGAAUGGAAAUACCCCUUUGCACAUAGCAGCUAGAUAUGGCCAUGAGCUAUUAAUCAACACUCUGAUUACAAGUGGUGCUGACACUGCAAAGCGGGGUAUACAUGGGAUGUUUCCUCUCCAUUUGGCAGCAUUAAGUGGAUUUUCAGACUGCUGCAGAAAGCUCCUCUCAUCAGGUUUUGACAUUGACACACCAGAUGACUUUGGCAGGACUUGUCUUCAUGCAGCUGCAGCUGGAGGGAAUUUGGAGUGCCUAAAUCUUCUGCUAAAUACUGGUGCAGACUUCAACAAAAAGGACAGAUUUGGAAGAACUCCACUCCAUUAUGCUGCUGCCAAUUGUAAUUAUCAGUGCCUGUUUGCCCUUGUGGGAUCUGGAGCUAGUGUGAAUGACCUUGAUGAGAGGGGUUGUACACCUCUGCACUAUGCAGCUGCAUCAGACACAGAUGGGAAGUGCCUGGAAUACUUGCUAAGAAACGAUGCCAACCCUGGGAUCCGAGACAAACAAGGAUACAAUGCAGUUCAUUAUUCAGCUGCUUAUGGUCAUCGCUUAUGUCUUGAAUUGAUUGCAAGCGAAACACCUCUAGAUGUUCUGAUGGAAACAUCAGGUACUGACAUGCUGAAUGACUCAGACAACAGAGCACCUAUAAGUCCAUUGCAUUUAGCUGCCUAUCAUGGCCACCAUCAAGCUCUGGAAGUGCUGGUACACUCACUGCUGGACCUUGAUGUGAGGAAUAACAAUGGAAGGACACCACUGGAUCUUGCUGCCUUUAAGGGACAUGUGGAAUGUGUAGAUGUGCUCAUUAAUCAGGGAGCAUCAAUCUUGGUAAAAGAUUAUGUCGUAAAGAGGACCCCAAUUCAUGCUGCAGCUACAAAUGGUCAUUCAGAAUGUUUGCGGCUAUUGAUAGGAAAUGCAGAGCCACAGAAUGCAGUGGACAUUCAAGAUGGAAAUGGACAGACUCCUCUGAUGUUGUCAGUUCUCAAUGGGCACACUGACUGUGUUUAUUCACUCCUUAACAAAGGAGCAAAUGUAGAUGCCAAAGAUAAGUGGGGAAGGACAGCAUUACAUAGAGGGGCAGUUACUGGUCAUGAGGAAUGUGUGGAAGCAUUGUUACAACAUGGUGCUAAGUCCUUGCUACGAGACUGUAGGGGACGAACCCCCAUCCACUUGUCAGCUGCAUGUGGCCAUAUAGGUGUGCUGGGAGCUCUCCUGCAGUCUGCCUCUUCUGUGGAUGCAGCACCUGCAAUGGCAGACAAUCACGGCUAUACAUCACUGCACUGGGCCUGCUAUAAUGGUCAUGACAGUUGUGUAGAGCUGCUCCUGGAACAGGAAGUUUUUCAGAAAAUGGAAGGAAAUUCUUUCAGUCCCUUGCAUUGUGCUGUGAUAAAUGACAAUGAAGGUGCUGCAGAAAUGUUAAUUGAUACACUAGGUGGUGGUAUUGUAAAUUCAACAGAUUCAAAAGGAAGAACUCCUCUGCAUGCAGCAGCUUUUACUGAUCACGUUGAGUGUCUACAGCUUCUGCUUGGUCACAGUGCUCAAGUAAAUGCUGUAGAUUCUUCUGGGAAAACACCUUUAAUGAUGGCUGCAGAAAAUGGACAGACGAAUACAGUUGAGGUGCUGGUUAGCAGUGCUAAGGCUGAUCUGACUUUGCAAGACAGUUCUAAGAACACAGCACUCCAUUUGGCUUGCAGCAAGGGUCAUGAAACUAGUGCCUUGUUAAUCCUGGAGAAGAUUACGGAUAGAAACCUCAUCAAUGCCACCAAUGCAGCCUUGCAAACACCUCUGCAUGUUGCUGCUCGAAAUGGACUAACGGUUGUAGUUCAAGAGCUUUUAGGGAAGGGAGCAAGUGUACUUGCUGUAGAUGAAAAUGGUUACACGCCGGCUUUGGCCUGCGCGCCCAACAAGGACGUGGCCGACUGCCUGGCUCUCAUCCUGGCCACCAUGAUGCCUGUUUCAUCAAGCAGCACAUUGCCCUCUCUCACCUUCAAUGCCAUUAAUCAUUACACCAACACCUCAAAAACUGUCACCUUCGAUUCCUUGCCAAUCAUGAGGAGUGACCACAGCUCCUACUGUACUUUCAACAACAUUGGCAGGGAAGGUGGCUACCCCUACACAGAAGACGACGAGCUCAAUGACUCAGAUUCUGAGACCUAUUAGAAGAUACUUUUUAUAGGUCUGAGUGAACCCUCACGCUGAAAGGUCAGACUCAUGCUAUCAGAAAUCUGUUGCUGUUUGAAUACAGAAGGAGGACACACCUUUGAGAAGAUGUUUUUUUAUUGUGGUUGCAUAUAAAAAGAAAUCUGUGAGACUCUAGGAAGAUUUUUAAGAGCAUAAUUUUGCAGAAGAAGCAUAAAUUCUUGAAUAAGUACUUGGAAUCCAUGGCAAAAAAAAAAAAAAAGAAUGUCAAAACUGUUUUAUGUAACUGUAUUCUACCAUUCUGUUUUUGGUGCCAGGAGUAAUUCCUGCAGACUGGGCACCCAACUUGGUGUAAAUGAACAACACUAUUGUACAAGACAAAGGAUGCUAGAUUCAAAUGCUCUCAAUAAACCUAAAACCAUUUUGAAGGCAAUAAAUGAGUUUGGUACAGUAGGCAUUGUUUGUGCUGCAAAUUGCCAAAGGACCAAAUAACUUAAAGAUUUUUUUAAUUAAAUAUGUUUUUGUGAAAACUGGAAUAGGUUAUUUGAGAAGUUAUUUCAAUCAAACCUUAACUACUUCUGGAAAAGAAGCUUAAAUUUGGGUUUAAAUGUUGAAUUUUAUUUUUUUUUAAUAAUCUGAAAGCCUUCCAACACUAUUAAAUGUACCAUGACAGAAAAGCAGAUGUGCAUUUAAUUUUUAUUUUCUUUUUCUUUUAGGUGAAAUGAAAAUGAUCUGUCAAAAUUUUAUAAUACUAAAAUUAAACCAGCUAACAAGGUGCAGUCAGGGUGAAAAAUGUACAGUGUAAUAAGGGAAGGAAGGGGUGGGAGAUGUGGGAGGAAAGAAUUAAUUGUUGCACAGUUACAGAUUUUUUUUUUUAACUUUUGGGUUUUUGAUGGAAGUUUUCUUAAUUUAAAAAUACAUGAGUAACUUGGAAACUAUGAAACUGCAUAAAAAAUUUAAUUGAUAUGUCUUGAUAACCCUGUUGUGACUGAGAGUUCUUUUCAGUAAUUUAUCUACUUCCUUACAUCAUAAAUUUGUAUGUAAGAUUAAAAUUGUAUAUCCCUGUCACUUUUUUUUUUAAAUCCCAGAUUUACAGAGGGGGAGGGAGGAGGGGAGGUGAAUUUAAAACUAUAAUUCCCUGUUAGAGAAAAAAGUACAGUGUCUGGUCUGUGGGAAGAGCUGUGUAUCUUUGUUGUGCUCCAUUUAGAAAAUAAACAGCAAAAACAGGUCCCUGUAAUGUAGUUCAGACUCGCCCAAUUUUAUUUUUUUUUUAAUUUAUAACAGACUACUGUGUUUUUUUUAUUUGCCUGAUGAAUGAAAAACUGACAUAAGUAAGCUGAAGUUUUGUCUGUUAAAUUUGAAUUUGCUUAAUUUGGCCUUGCUUUAACAAUAACUGUUACUUUUCAAGUGAAUUUGUUUAUGUACAUGCAAGGAAUCCUUGCAUGUCCUGGCAAAGUACAAAUAAAUUACUACAAACUGAUUCCAAUUUCAUUUUUAUCCUUUUUUUUGUAUUGUGAAACUGGAAAUCUUUGAUAUUGUAAAUUAACAGCUGCUUUUCUGAACAUAGUGUGGAAACAUGGGACAAUAUUUUGAUCUAUUUGAUAAUUUUGUGGGGGUUUUGAAGAAUUAAUGAGCAUGUACAUAGAAAUAGUGACUGCUUGAAUACUGUAUUUACCUGCACUCUUUCAGUACUUCAAGAUUCCUGUAUAUUUUACAGAAUAUAAUAAAACCCAAAUGUGAGUUCUAGUAAUGAAUAAUUUAUUUGUAUGUACUAAGAAUUAAUGACAAAGUCCCUUGUCGAACUGUUGGAGUUUAUAAAAUCUUCACAACAGCUUUGCCAGC